GGCCUAAUCCCCGCCCCCUGUACACCAUAACAUCAUCCGGGACUCUUGGUGGGAAGGAGCAGAGAGGAGACAUCAGGAUCCCAAACCGUGAGGAACCAGAGUGUUUAUUAUAUGUUACACGUUCUGUAUUCUCACUGAUCAUUGAAGAUGGACACGGAGAAGAUUCAGAAGAUGGAGAGGAUAAUAAAUCUCUCCCUGGAGAUCAUCUACCUGCUGACUGGGGAGGAAUACACAUUAGUGAGGAAGACAUCUGGCGAGUAUGAGACAACCAGCAGUCGCCCCCUUGUGUCAGGAGGACUAAGCAGGACCCAGAGCCCCAUCCCGGUGCCUCCAUUUUACUCACUGAUACAUGAGAGAGACAAUGACCAGGAGAUCCUGGAACUCACCAACAAGAUCAUUCAGCUGCUGACUGGAGAGGAGGGGGAGUAUAUAGAGGAACACAGGGAUUUGUACAAGGACGUGAUGAUGGAGAAUCACCGGCCCCUCACAUCACUGGAUGGGCCCAGUAACAGAGAUACCCCAGAGAGAUGUCCCCAUCCUCUGUAUUCCCAGGAUUGUACAGAGGAGAAUCACAGGAUCCCACAGGAGGUUGAGAGCGAAGAUCUGAUGGAUAUUAAGGUAGAAGAUACAGAGGGAGAAGAAGAGACGUAUGUGACUGAUAUGAAGGCAGAAGAUAUAGAGGGAGAAGAAGUGACAUAUGUGACUGAUAUAAAGGCAGAAGAUAUAGAGGGCGAAGAAGAGACGAAUGUGACUGAUAUGAAGGCAGAAGAUAUAGAGGGAGAAGAAGAGACAUAUGUGACUGAUAUUAAGGCAGAAGAUAUAGAGGGAGAAGAAGAGACGAAUGUGACUGAUAUGAAGGCAGAAGAUAUAGAGGGAGAAGAAGAGACGUAUGUGACUGAUAUAAAGAAAGAAGAUAUAGAGGGGGAAGAAGAGACGUAUGUGACUGAUAUAAAGGCAGAAGAUAUAGAGGGAGAAGAAGAGACGUAUGUGACUGAUAUAAAGGCAGAAGAUACAGAGGGAAAAGAAGAGACGUAUGUGACUGAUAUAAAGAAAGAAGAUAUAGAGGGAGAAGAAGAGACGUAUGUGAGGGCUGAUCAGCAGUGUAAGGAGGAGACAACCCCUACAGAUACCAGCACACCAGAUGGAUGUAGCAGCCGGAAUGUCUCAGAGGAUCCUCUGACUAUAUUUCCAGAUGGUGAAAUAGAAGAAGAGAAUGACACCCAAGAUUCUACGGAAGAAAUCCCUCUUACCCCAGUUAUACAUCCGGAACAUCACCGUGCAGAUAUAUCAUCUGGUUCCUCUGAUCCUGGGGAAUGUUCUCCUGAUAUCUCUGAUGCAUCUGUUACAGCUCUGACAGUAGAUACAGUGUUCCCCUCUACUAUAGAUGCUGAAUGUUCAACACAGAGCACAGAGCCUGUUACCCAUCAGCCAGGGAAUAGGCCACUUCAAUGUUCUCAGUUUGGGGAAUGCUUUAGAUAUGAAUCAUUUUUAUGUAUACAUCAGAGAUAUCACAAAGUUGAGAGGCUGUUUCCAUGUUCUGAGUGUGGAAAAAGUUAUACAGAGAAAUCAAAUCUUGUUAGACACCAGAGAAGUCGCACAGAGAGACCAUUUCCAUGUUCUAAGUGUGGGAAAUGUUUUAGAGAUAAAUCCGUUCUUGUUAAACACCAGAGAUGUCACAGAGAGAGACAAUUUCCAUGUUCUGAGUGUGGGAAAUGUUUUAGAGAUAAAUCAGUUCUUGCUAGACAUCAGAGAAGUCACACAGGUGAGAGACCAUUUCCAUGUUCUGAGUGUGGGAAAUGUUUUACAAGGCCAUCAAGUCUUUUUACACAUCAGAGAAGUCACACAGGUGAGAACCCAUUUCCAUGCUCUGAGUGUGGGAAAGGUUUUGGACAGAAAUCACAUCUUGUUAGACAUCAGAGAAGUCACACAGGUGAGAGGCCAUUUCCAUGUUCUGAGUGUGGGAAAUGUUUUGGACAGAAAUCACUUCUUGUUACACAUCAGAGAAGUCACACAGGUGAGAGGCCAUUUCCAUGUCCUGAGUGUGGGAAAUGUUUUGCACUUAAAUCAUAUCUUGUUAGACAUCAGAUAAGUCACACAGGUGAGAAGCCAUUUCCAUGUUCUGAGUGUGGGAAAUGUUUUGAACAGAAAUCACUUCUUGUUACACAUCAGAGAAGUCACACAGGUGAGAGGCCAUUUCCAUGUCCUGAGUGUGGGAAAUGUUUUGCACUUAAAUCAUAUCUUGUUAGACAUCAGAUAAGUCACACAGGUGAAAAGCCAUUUCCAUGUUCUGAGUGUGGGAAAUGUUUUGGACAGAAAUCACUUCUUGUUACACAUCAGAGAAGUCACACAGGUGAGAGGCCAUUUCCAUGUCCUGAGUGUGGGAAAUGUUUUGCACUUAAAUCAUAUCUUGUUAGACAUCAGAGAAGUCACACAGGUGAGAAGCCAUUUCCAUGUUCUGAGUGUGGGAAAUGUUUUGGACAGAAAUCAUAUCUUGUUAUACAUCAGAGAAGUCACACAGGUGAGAAGCCAUUUCCAUGUCCUGAGUGUGGGAAAUGUUUUACACAGAAAUCAUCUCUUGUUACACAUCAGAGAAGUCACACAGGUGAGAAGCCAUUUCCAUGUCCUGAGUAAGUGGAAUUACUCAGGAGGUACUUUGUGUGUUUGCAAGUGAGAAUAUUUUAAUAAAAAAUUAAAUGGCAUUGUGUGGCUCAUUCAGGUGCAGUUCUUGCUGUUGCUAUCUUGCCGUAUGCAAUUGCAAGUAUAAGCUAAUAUGGGCAGAUGCUAACUAAGCAUAGGGGCGCCCAGUGCUGUUGCAUUAUUUCCGUCCAGCAGCGUAUAAUUGCUGAUACAUCGGUACCAUCAUUGCAAAUUAGGCCAUGUUGGAUAGUCUUGAGUGCCUCUGAAGAUGCACAGGCUGAGCUGAUCUCCCAGGAUGCUUAGGGCUCUCCAGUAGAAAAUCAAAACUGUACUGUCCGUAGAAGAGGUUGGGAAGUUUGGGGGCACACUUUGUAUAAUAUGUAUAGAAAAUGUUAAACUAUAACUUAUUUAGACCUGGGUAAAAUAUAUAAAAAACUUUACUCACAAUGCAACAACAAAAAUAAAUAUUUUAUG